AUGGUGAAAAAAAUAAAAAUAAACAUGAAAGAUAGAAUUAUCGGUUUAUUAUUUGUUAUCAUUUGGUACGUGAGCGUUUUAGCCGGAUUUUUUACAUUGAUUUGCCCUAUACUACCAUUGGCAAUUAUAUCACCUAAAAAAUAUAGAAAAUUAAGCGAUAAAGUUUUCGGCAUGUGGGAACCAUUUACCGCAGCCAUGUUGGAAAUAUUUUUCGGUACUCGUAUUUAUUUAACCGGUGAUAAAAUAAAUCCGUACGAAAGUUCAGUAUUAAUUAUGAAUCACAGAACAAGAGUCGAUUGGGGUUUCUUAUGGUUGGCUUUAUUUCAUUGUUGCCAACCUAACGCUCAUAACGUUAAAUACGUAUUAAAAUCAUCUCUCAUGCAUUUACCUGGACCGGGUUGGGUUAUGCAAACUUGUUCGUUUAUAUUCGUACAUAGAAAUUGGUCGAGAGAUAAAUUUUUAAUAAAUCAAAUGAUUAAUUAUUUAAAUAAUUCGGAUCAAUUAUAUCAGGUACUUAUAUUUCCCGAAGGAACGGAUUUAACAGAAGAUACAAUAAGAAAAAGUCAUAAAUACGCAGAUGAAAAAAAUUAUGAAAGAUAUUAUAAAGUUUUACAUCCUAAAACAAGCGGAUUUGCUUUUAUCGUACAAAAAAUGAAAACAGGGGGUCAGUUAAAAGCAAUUUAUGACAUCACAAUCGGGUAUCCAAAAACUAUACCUAUAUCAGAAAGGGAUCUUAUAAAAGGAAAGUUUCCGGAAGAAGUACAUUUGCACGUGAAAAGAUACAGUUCAAGAAUACUACCUCACCAAGAAAAAGAUUUAAAAAAAUGGUUGAGGAGUAUAUGGAAAGGAAAAGAAAUGUUAUUACAAAAUUUUUACACCGUCAAACAUUUUCCAACGGAAAAAUUAAAAGAGGAUAGUUAUGAAAAUAUAAAUUUUCAAAUAAAAAUUAACGGUGAAACGUCACACGAAAAAUCAUCCCACGAAUUUGAAUUGAAUUCAUUACAAUACACGUCAUCAAAUGAAAAAUCAAUAAUAAAUGAAAAUGCUGAUGCUGAUGAUGAUGAUGAUGAUGAUGAGGAUGAGGAUAAUAAUAAAAUGAAAAAUUCUCAUAAUUGGAAUAACCCAUAUAAAACUCCCAACUAUAGACCGAGUCAUUUAUUAAGCAUUGUUUUAGGGUUUUGGAUGAUAUUAACUAAUGGAUUUCAUCAAAUGGUUGCUUCUAUUUAUUUUACAAGAUAUAAAAAAAAACCUCAAGUUAUCAAAAAGUUGGAAUAA